AUGCAAUCAAAAUCAUCUGAUUCGGCCUAUAAACGGCCCUCGGUUUAUAGUGGUACCCAGCAUGCCCCUGUUACGUCGAUAUUGGCAGAUGGCGAUGUGCCAUAUACGGACCAUGAGAUGGACGCAGACGAGCGGGUCAUUAUGGCCUUGGGCUAUAAGCAGGAGUUCAAGCGAGAGUUCUCCUUAUGGACGACUUUUUGCGUCAGUUUUGCAGUGCUCGGAUUACUUCCAUCAUUCGCAAGCACAUUGUAUUAUGGUAUGGGAUAUGCAGGAACGGCAGGUAUGGUCUGGGGCUGGAUCAUCGCGAUGCUUUUCAUCCAAUGUAUUGCAAUGUCUAUGGCGGAGCUGUGCUCGGCCAUGCCUACAAGUGGCGGACUCUAUUAUGCUGCAGCUGUGCUCGCGCCCCCAGGCUGGGGUCCCUUAGCUGCGUGGAUUACAGGAUGGUCCAACUGGAUUGGACAAAUCACCGCAGCACCGUCAGUUGACUAUGCGCUGGCCGCAAUGAUCCUGGCUGCCGGUUCAAUCACGAACCCAAACUACGUCCCGACGAACUGGCAGAUCUAUCUUCUAACGGUCUUGAUCAUGAUCAUCCACACGGUAAUCAGCAGUCUACCCACGAAACAAGUAGCACAGUUCAACUCCUGGGGCUCUACGUUCAACGUUCUUGCGCUCAUCACCACCCUGAUUGUCAUUCCUGCGGCUACAAAGAACACUCCUAAAUUUACGCCCUCUCACGAAGUCUGGAGUCACAUCAAGAACCAGACCGAUUUCCCCGACGGCAUCGCCGUACUUAUGACUUUCGUCGGCGUAAUCUGGACCAUGUCCGGCUAUGACUCACCCUUCCAUCUGAGUGAAGAGUGCUCCAAUGCCAACAUUGCCUCCCCGCGCGCCAUCGUCAUGACAUCUGGUGUCGGUGGCGUAAUGGGUUGGUUCCUACAGCUUGUCGUUGCAUACACAGUCACAGAUAUUGACGCAGUCAUCGGGUCAGAGUUGGGCCAGCCGUGGGCUUCGUACCUGCUCCAGGUUCUACCCCAGCAGGCAGCACUUGGCAUUCUCGGUCUGACGAUUGUCUGUGGUUUCUCCAUGGGCCAGGGAUGCAUGGUCGCCGCCUCACGGGUGACAUAUGCCUAUGCUCGGGAUGACUGCUUCCCCUUCUCGAAGUACUGGAAGAAAGUAAACAAAACUACUCAGACGCCCGUGAACGCUGUAGUUCUCAACACUAUCCUAGGAUGUCUAAUGUGUCUUCUGGUCCUUGCUGGCACCACCGCCAUUGGCGCUUUGUUCUCUAUUGGCGCUAUCGCGCAAUUCGUUGCAUUCAUCAUCCCCAUCUUCAUUCGUGUCUUCUUUGUGGGCAACCGGUUCCGCAAGGGACCUUGGAACCUCGGCCGCUGGGGACCCCUGGUCGGUGGUAUUGGAUGCUCUUUUGUUGCGCUCAUGGUGCCUAUCUUGUGCUUACCCAGCGUCACCAAGAAAGAUUUGACUCCGGAUCUUAUGAACUGGACUUGUCUUGUCUAUGGUGGACCGAUGCUGGCCGUUCUGAUCUGGUGGUUUGUUGAUGCCCACCGGUGGUUCACUGGUCCCAAGGUCAAUGUAGAACAUGCUAUUCAUGCUGUUCAUGUUGAGCCAGAAGUCAGUGAAGGCGUGGAGCCGGAGCAUGUGCAAGAGACCGAGAGGAUGAAGACAGCGAAGUCUGAUGAAACUCUGCCGAAGUAG